UUUUCUUCAGAAACAGAAUAUACAUAAUAAUAAUAAUAAAAAUAUCACACCGAAGACCAGAGAGAGAAAAAAGCGAAAGAAACAAACCGAAUACUGAAAUUUGAAAUGAUUGAUUUGUGUUUCAUAAAGUUUUAUGAGACGAAGCACGAAAUAAAAAAAAACAGUACCAAAAACGUAAAUAAUAGCGUGAGUUUAAAUAUAAAUAGACUUUUAAAGACUUUAAAUACAUAUAGACACAGUAUAGAGAGUGUGCCGUAUCUUUUUAUUGUAAAACAGUGAGAGAAAGAGCUAGAGACAGAAAGACAAUAUAAACAAUUGGCGAUUUUUUGUUUACACCACAUUGAACGAGAAGUGAAUAUUCAAUGUGUAUUUUAAUACGAAAUACAAUCACAGAAGAGGAAUUUAAAAGAACACAUUUCUGCUGUUUCGUUGCUUAUUUCGCAUAUUCACACAUUCAUUCACAUAAAUGCGAAAUAAGAGACAUAGGCCACAUAUGAAUGUAACUUACCGUUUUUUUUCUCUUUCAAAUUAAUAAACAAGAGUAAACGACGAAGUUCGAGUGAAUGAAAUUCAAAUUCUUCGGUGAAAAAGUGAGUAACAAUAUACAUAAGCAUAUACAAUAAAAUGAAACAGAACGAAAACAAUGUGUCAACACAACGAGUUAAAAAUGAGGUUGGCUUCUGGCUUUAAGUGUAGCAACGUAACAACAUUUGAAAUGUUUAACCACAACAACAACAACAACAGCAACAUCGAUCAAUAGCCAAGUACAGUAGGCGGGUAUCCAAAUCAUGGCAUCGUAGAUGUGUUUAUUUGAAGUUUAGCGAUAUUUUUUCCGCUUAAAAUAGAAAAAAAGAGUGUAUUUUCUCAUGCAACAAAGAAAGUGUAUUUAACAAGGAAAAUUUAUAGACAAAUUAGUAUAAAGUACCACAUCGAAGCUGUAGAAGAAGAAGAAGAAGGAAAAGACGAAGAAGUAGAAAUAGAACAAAAACAAAGUUGAAGGCAGAAACCAUGUCCUGUUGUCAUGGUCUAUUCCAACCAAAUAGCAAUCAUCCAACAAUAUCGGGUCAAAUGUGUCCGUUUAUAACACAUCGCCAUUCACAUAAUCCAAAUCGAACGGACGUUAUUCGUCAGCCCGAUUCAUUGUUGGAUAUAACGGCACGUAUCGUUGCCGAAUCGGAACCAUUUCAGCGUAUCGAAGAACGGUAUGAAAGAAUACCUGAACCUGUUCAACGGCGCAUUAUAUUUUGGUCGUUUCCGCGAAAUGAACGUGAUAUCUGCAUGUAUAGUUCGUUGUCAAGAGUCUCGUCAACGAACGCUGGUGAAACACAAAAUCUAAGUUUUUGCAAGGGACUCAAACUGCUGGAAUCGAAUUGUGUGGAAAAUGUUUUGCAAGUUGGAUUCCAUCUUAGUGGCAUUGUUUAUGAAACAAAAGCUAUUCACAAUCGAAUUGCUCCCGAUGCGUUAGCAGCCGGCGGAAAUGUGGGGCAACCGGCACCAGCACAAAUUCAACCACAACAACCAGUUCAACCUCAACCGCCACCGCCUCAUCAACAACCGACAUUACGAUUGCCAUCCGUUGAUCGAGACACGAAUAAUGCCGGUACCAAUUAUCCGGCCGAAGAAAAUAAAUGCUACAAAGUGUCUGUCAGUUUUGAUCGAUGCAAAAUUACAUCGGUUACAUGUAGCUGCGAUACUCGUGAUAUUUUUUGGUGCCAUCAUGUCGUCGCAUUAUCACUCUAUCGAAUACGCAAUGCCGAAACGGUUAAACUACGAGUUCCUAUUUCUGAAACCCUCCUUCAAAUGAAUAGACAACAAUUGCAAAAAUUCGUACAAUAUCUUAUAUCAGCACAUCACACCGAAGUAUUACCGACUGCCCAAAAUUUAGCCGAUGAAAUUCUACAACAAAAAUCCGAAAUAAAUGCAAUUUGUGGAGCACCCGAUCCGACAGCCGGUGCCGCUACAGACGAUGAACACUCAUGGCACUUGGACGAAUCACAAGUAUGCGAAGCGGUUCGAAGUUACUUAGGUCAAGGCAAUAAUUAUUACAAUGGUAACAAACAAUUGAAUUCAUUGUUUGCCAAAGUUCGGGAAAUGUUACGAGCCCAAGAUUCAAAUGGUGCUCGAAUGCUUACACUGAUUACCGAACAAUUUUUAAACGAUCCACGUUUGGUGCUGUGGAAAAGUAAUGGCACGCCAAUGAAUGAAAAAUGUCGACAACUAUGGGAUCAAUUGGGCAUGCUUUGGGUGUGCAUUGUAUUAAAUCCACGCGCCACAAAUGCCGAACGUAUGCAUUGGAAAGCAUUGCUAGACAAAUGGUCAAAAAAUGAAGUAUGUCCACAGGAGGAUCCCGAUUUUCGGCCAAAUGGCCGACAGGAAAAUUAUCGGGAACGCUCGAUGAGAAUUCGUGAACGUGAUCGAAAUCGAUUUUUCCGCGAAAAUAACAUUCGAAAUAUGAUGUACCAACGAAAUCAACAACAACAACAGCAACCAAACCGUGACAAUUACAAUAAUAACAACGAUGACAACUAUGACAGUUCGGAAUCGGAUUCGGAUUCCGAUGCCGAUAUGGAUGAUAAUCAAGUUGAUGGCGAAAAUGAAGAUAUGCCAGCAAAUAAUAAUCCAUCGAAUAACAAUGAAGAGGACGUACAACGGCCACGUAAUGUUGAUAUGCUUGAACGUAUCGAUUAUCCAAUGGAUAAUCGUGAAAAUGUCGUUAAUAUUGCCGAUGAUGCACGUCCCGAUGCAUUCGAUGAAAAUAGUCGCGGUAAUUAUGAGCUACCGAUUUUAGGUGAAAGUUCGGGUUGCAAUUUAAAUUUAGAAAUUGUACCACCAACCGUAAACGAUGAAAGUUCACGCGAAUCAAUGGACAUGGAUUAUGAAAAUGAUAAACCAACGCUAGGUAAUAUUGUUGUCGAACGUAAUCCGCGCAUGGAACAGGCCAAGGAUCAACAAAAUGAUUCCGAUGAAGAAGCAAAUUUCUAUGAACAGGAUGAAUUUUGUAGUUACCUAAGAAAUGCCGGCGAAGGCGAUGAAUUGAAACGAUGUAAAUGUCGAAAAUGCGCCAUUAAAAAUAGUCCACAUGUUGAGUGUAACAAUUGCAAUGGUAACGAUUGUUGUGAUGAUCUUGGUGUAUGCUUUAAGAGUUUAGGCGAACCACAACCAAAAGCAAUGUGUCCCGAAAAUGAUGAUGAAGAAUUUAACAAUCGCAAAGAAUUGAGCGCACAUAAUUUUGGCAUAAAUAAAAAUCUGGAUGAUAAAAAUGCCGACUAUAGUGAUGACAACGAUAUGGAGUGUGAAGAACAACCGGUAAAGCUUGAACAAAAAUUGGAAUGUACAUGCUUUGAAGCGAAAUUGGAUCAUGUGAAUGGUCAUUCAUCAAAAAUGUGCUUAGAAUUACCGAAAGGACCGUGUGAAAAAUGUGCCGCAAAAAAUGUACCAUCAUCAUCGUCAUCGUCGUCGUCGUCAUCAUCAUCAUCAUCAUCAUCGUCGGCAAUAGCAAAAAUGAAGGUGGCGCCAAAACAAGAACCGGAAGAGGAGCAAGAGCAAGAAAAAGCAUUGGAAAAUGUCGAAGCCGAAAAUAAAGCAUUAAAUGCAAAUGUCGAUGCAGAAGCAUUGAAUCCAGAACAAGAAGCAUUGAAUAAUCGUUCAAAUGCUGUUGUCAGACACCGUGAUAAUAACGCUGAUCUCGAUAAUGUUCGGCCAAAUAAGCGUGCAAAAUUGAAUAAUGGUUCGGCAUCAAGCCGAAAUAAAACACCACGCACAAUCUUCCACAAGGCAUUAGACGCUGUCAAUAUGACAUGGGAUAAUCAACAUUUGAAAAAUAUUUUAGCUAGCAACACAUAUACGAUAAAUAGUUCGAAUGCUGUUCAAACGGCCGGUUCCAGUAAACCACUACAAACGGUAUUGACAACGGUGAAGGCAAAUUUCAAUGCAGCCGGUCAACCGUUGUGGCAUGAACCGUUGGCAAUGUGUGCUGCUCGCGUUGAUUCGCUUCGUUCACAUGGUCAUACCGAAGCUGCACUUCGUUUAUCGGUAAGUGUGGUUCGAACAAUGAAACAAGUGCAAAAAGAUGCCCAAAUGAUAUGGAAACGUUAUCAAACGAUAGCAAAUAUUCCAUGCAAUGAUGACAUACCGAAAAAAUCGAAUAAUUGUUGUUGUGAAUGCAAUAAAUCAUCAACCGGUUCAUCAUCCGCAGUGUCGUCAGCAAAAAAUUCAACAAAUACAAUGGAACCGUCAACCAGCCGAAAUUCACAUGGCAAUCAGCCAAAUCAUAGUAAUAAUAAUAGCGGCAACAGCAAUAGCCGAAAACGCUCUUAUGAUAGCACACGCAAUAAUAUGAAUGGUGGAUAUUCGUCGUCGUCAUCGUCGUCAAUGUCAAAUCGUGGAUAUAAAAUGUAUCGCUUUGAUUAUCAUUCAUCAUAUCGCUAUGGUAUGAACAAUGAUGGUUGCAAACGUUGUUUAGAAGCAAGAGAACGUGUUGGUUACCAAAAUUCAUUCAACAACGGUUACAAUACAAAUCGUUUUAAUAUGAAUGGCAACGGAAUGCAUCCGCCAUACUUCCGUAAUAAUUUUGCACCAAUGCACGGAAAUAUGUUCGAUCAACGAUUUAAUUCAAAUCAUUUUGGUGGUUCAAAUAACUAUCAUCAUCGGUAUGGCAACAACUAUCCCAUGCCAAAUGGUAAUCAUAGCGGUCAGUGUCAUUCGGACAAUUGUAAUUUAAUACAUCGUCCACAACACCAUCAACAAAAUCAUCAUAUGCCUGCCAAUGAUGCACCAUAUGGAAAUGGUGGACAUGGUAUUUAUAAUAGUCAUUCGCGGCCACAUUGCAGUCGUGAUUCAAUGGAAAAUGGCGGCGGUCCAAGUGGUAUGCAUAAUCAUCAUUUGCACCAUGGUAAUUUUAAUUCAGGACAAAAUCGAUGCUCACACGAUCUCAAAUUACGUGAAAUGAUUAACGCACCCAUGCAACCGAGACCAAUGCGACAUGAAUCGGGAAGUGGUAGCAGUAGUAAUUGUCGUAGCUGCGAUAACAAUAAAAAAACUGACGAACAACAACCAUCAACCAGUGGCAUGGCCAAUGCCAGUGGAAGCAGUAGCAACGGCAACGGUAGCGGCGGCAGCAGCAGUAAUAAUAGCGGAUCUGCUUCAACUUCAAAUCCAACUCCAAGCGGUUCAAACUCCGUACCAAUCAAUAAUAAUGAAAAUCAGGUGAAAAAUAUGCCAAUGAAUAACGGUGAAAUGACACCACAUCAUGCAUGCUCAUCACAACAUUCAACAACAAAAAAUCAAUGCUGUGCCAGAAAUUAUUGCUGCAAUAUUACCAAUGAAAAUAAGCCCAAAUGCUGUCGCAACGAAAUGCAUCACAUGAGCCAUCAUCCAUGCCAUUGUUCAAAUUCACAAAAUCAUUCGAAUGCUGGCCCAUCUUAUUCGCACGCCCAUUUGAAUCGUUCAUCGAAUAAUAUUUAUUUUGGUCGUAAUAUUAGCUUCGAACAUAUUCAUACAAUGAAUCGAUGUCUGCAAAAGCAACGCGAAGAGUAUUCAUGCAAUUGUUGUCGAUCGGCUCAACCGUCAACAUCGUCACAUCAGCAUCAAUUUCAAUCGGUUGCAUCAAGUUCAUCAAGUAGUCAUCAAAAUCCCCAGCCCGGUCCAUCUGGUGUUAAUGUUGGUGCAUCAACAUCGAAAUCAUCUAGUUCAAAUAUACCAAUGCAAUUGCCCAGUGAAUUUACAAGUAAUAAAAAAUCAAAUUGUACAUCGAAUUGUAUCGAUUGUACGGUUGGUUGUGACAUCGAAUUUCCAUUGGAUGCCGUUGCUUGUAUAUUCGAUUGUCUAACCGAAGCCUGUAUCAUUCCUGAUGCAAUAAAUGGCCCCGAUAUGGGACGUUUAUCAUUUGAUAGUGUAACAUCGGCAGCUGAAGACGGUAGCUUAAUACCGCCACGUUACCAACACAUGACCGUUCCACAUAGCAGCGAUCCAAAUGAAACCUAUCUAACGCUUGGCUUUGAAUCGGCCGUAUUGGCACUCGGUAAACAACGAAAUAUGCCGCACGGACUUUAUUCACAGCAUGUUAUAUGCAAACAACAAGAUCAAUUGAUUCAACGUUUGCGACAUGUCGAAUUAGAUAGAUUGUUGAUUGAAAUUUUAAAGAAUUUAACAAGUCAAUUGUUGGACGGUGGUCCAACCAGUGGAUUAGGUGUAUCAAUUCAUUCCGAAUCGAUUCCAAUGCAUACAUUGGCACGUUUCCUAUUUGCAUCGUUGUUAACACAUUAUGACGAUUUAGCAUUUUUCGUUGGAUUGCGUGCAAUGCGUUUACCAAUACUCGAAGAGUGUCCAAAUGAAAUGCAAAUGGAGAAUAACAUCGAAAUGGCCGGUCCACAUAAUAAUCAACAUGAUGGUUUUGGUUUGGCCAGAUAUCCAAGUCGUUGGUGGAUUAUGGGCCAUCUUGAAACCCAACAAUGUCAGCUUAGCAGUACAAUGCUUAGUGCGGCCAAAGGUGAUCCGUCACGUUUGUCACAGGUGUUGGAAAGUGCGCGUCGAAAUAUUCAUAGUUCAUCGCAUUUAUUCAAAUUAGCUCAGGAUGCAUUCCGAUUUGCAACACCGGAAAGUGAUCAUCGUAAUCGUACAUUGUUGGGCGUUGCAUUUGAAUUAGGUUUACAAGUGAUGCGAAUGACAUUGACAUGCUUGAAUUGGCGACGUCGUGAAAUGGUCCGUUGGCUUGUGACCUGUGCAACGCAUUUAGGUCUUGACGCAUUGAUAGCCAUCAUGCAAAAUUGGUAUCAACUAUUUACACCAACUGAAGCAACCGGACCCGUUGCAACAACAAUUAUGUCAAAUGCUGCUCGACUUAAUUUGAAUGUUAUGCAUCAAGAUGAAUUAGCCGCAUGUGCUCGCAAUUUAGCAUUGCAAUGUGCAUCAAAAGAUCCACCAAAUUGUGCGCUACAUGCGUUAACACUGUGUGAAAAUGAUGCGCUUGCCUUUGAAACUGCCUAUCAAAUUGUUAUCGAUGCUGCAUCGCACAUAAUGACAUCGAAUCAACUGUUCACAAUUGCACGGUCUAUGGAGCAUCGAGGUUAUGUGGAACGCGCUUAUAAACUCUCAAUGUUGGCCAUGAAAAAUGUUCAUUUGGCAUACAAUCAAGAUACGCAUCCAGCUAUUAACGAUAUUCAUUGGGCGUGCGCUCUAUCACAUUCAAUGGGCAAAACUGAAUUGGCCAACAUGAUUCCAUUGGUCAUCAAAAAUGUGCAGUGUGCCACAGUAUUGUCGGAUAUUUUACGCAGAUGCUGUGCACCAUCUAUUGGAAUUUCACAUUACAAUACACAUCAUCGAGGUAAUAUGCGAACGUGCCAGAAACUUAGUUAUGAUCGGGCUCCAUUGCGACAAUUGCUUGAAGCUGCUGUCACAGCCUACGUCAAUACAACACAUUCCAGAUUAUCGCACAUUUCGCCACGUCACUAUAGUGAUUUUAUUGAUUUUUUGAGCAAAGCCCGUGACACAUUUAUCUUGGCCCGUGAUGGUCCUGCACAUUUCUCACGUUUGAUUGAAAACAUAACGGUUGCAUACAAGGGAAAGAAGAAGUUGGUUAAACAAGUGCGUCAACGAUUUCAAUUCGUUUAGAAAUUAAAUGAGACCGUCGGCCACUUGCAAGACAGCAAUUUAAUUCACCGUGGGAAGGAAUGUUGAAGAAUUGAAAAAAAGAAAUGCAUUUGAAAUGCAGCAAAAGAGAGGAAAAAACUGAACAUAAAAUUGAUAAUAUGCUUAUGUCGUUGAUUUCGCGGCCAAAAUAUAAAGAGAAAAGAAAUGCAAUUUGCAAGCAAAUUCUUAUUUUGUGUGCGUGUGCAAUUAAGUAAUGAUGAAAUUUUUCAUUUAAAAAAAAAACUCCAAUUAAUUCAUUGCUUUAUUGUUUUGUUUUCCGUCGAAUUUCAAAUUUAUACAAUUUGAGACUCUGUUGUUAUAUACAACAAUUUAAUUUUUGUCGUACAAUUUUGUUCUUUUAUCAUACCGAAUUUGUUUUUUUUAAAUAUUUAAUUUAAUAAUUUUUUUUUUUAAUUUUGAAAGAAGAAAAACUAUCGUCUAUUCAAAUAGAUUAAAUAUAUUGACUGAAUAGUGUGCGAAAUAUAUAUAGAAAAGAUGAAACAAUGUAUAACCAAAACACUAUAGCCAUAUACAAUGCCUCAAAUUUGAUGAUAAAAAGAAAACAAGCAACACUCACAAAAACUAGGGUAUACACACACACACACCAACACAUUCAAAACAAAUGAAUAAAUCUAGGAAAUUAUUUAAAUGCUGAACAUCCAACAACCAAUAAGAUGAGAGUUCCUGCAAUUAACAUGACUAAUUUUUUUGUAAGAGAAUCAAUGCAUGCAAGUUACAUGGAUAAUGAAUAAAAAUGAAUAAAGAAACCUAUAGAAUACAUAUUACUCAAAUAAACACUUGCCUCAUCUACUUAGAAUUGAUUUAUAUACAAUAUAAUUUUUUUGUUAUUUAUCGUUUAUCAACAGUAUGACAUAAAUCGUUCAGAAGCGAUGAUGUGUCGUCGAACGCAUUGAAUUUUAUUUAGUUCAUUUUCUUUAAUAUUUGAUAUGAACGUUUUUUUUAGUUUCAAUGAUUUUGUUAAUUACGAAAGGUUCAAUUGUUUCGAAAAUUGUGAGUUAAAUUUCCUAUUUUUAGAAAAACAAAGCAUAAGAUAAUCGAAGCAAAUGAUUGAUUCAUUAUUAUUGCAAAAUUAUGCAAUUUUCUUUCAAAAUUAAUGCCGAGAAAUAAACUGUAAAUAUGAUUAGGAAAAUAAUUGGUUAGAAUUCAAGGAGAGACAAAAAUGCAAAGGCAUUCAAAACAUACUGUUUUUUUAAAACUUGAAUUGGAAUUGGAAUUCUUUGUUUUCGUGAACUUAUUCUACUAAAUCAAUGUAAUUUAUAGCUAACAUUCUAGCAUUCUAAGAAAUCUUUUAGUUUUCAUUUUUAAAUGCAAUUUUGUUCACUUUGCUAUUUGCAAUUGACUGAUCUCGUUUGAGGGAAUUUUUUUCACAUUGAUUUUUCCAAUUUUUCUGAAUUGGUUUUUAUUUUUUGUUUUCAUUUGAAUUUUAAGUUCAAAAUAAAAUAAACAAAAAAAAGAAUAGGAAUAAAAAGAGAAAUGUUUGAAUAAAGAGCAGCAAGAUAGAUUUAGCAAGAAGCGUGAAUAAAUGACAUUGAAGCAAAAAACUCAUAUACAAUAAAUUAACUGCCAAAUAACCAUAAUGCUUAAAAAAAUAAAAUAAAACACUGAUCACAACACACACACUCACACACACAUAAUGCUAAAGUUAAGAAGUUACAAAACGAAAGUUACUACAAAAUCAAUUUCCAUAGACAUGGAUGCAAAAUGUGGGAUGUUUUGCUGGCAAAUGAGGGCAAUUUCAAAUGAUUUCAUUUCUUUAAAAACAACAACAACAAAGAAAACCACAUUCACCAUAAAUUUAUUAAUGCAAAUGCACCAAAAUGCCAGUGAAUUAUCUUACCGUGUCAGCCAGUGCCUGAAAAUUCACUAAAUAUAAAACCAAAAACCCUUAAA